CGAUUUCGCAUUGCCAUAGCCACGUGAUAUACAUAUGCCUGCCCUUCGCGCCAGGCCGUCGUCUCAUCUGCUUGCUUAAUUUCUCUCACAACCAUAUCGCUCCGGUUGAUUCUCCGUCGGUUUCCUGUUCUUUCCCGGAAUAAUUUUCCCUGUUCCUUCAAAGCCUCCACACCUCCCCAUUUAACCUCUCACCAUUUUUGUUUCAUAGCUAGUUUUUCCUUCUAGGUCUACUAUGGCAGGAGUUUUUAGAGAAAGAGCACUGUCUCUCCUCGCCGCCGCUAACAACCACGGCGAUUUAACGGUGAAGAUUUCAUCUUUGAAGCAGGUGAAGGAUAUCAUACUAGCCAUCGAGUCAUCUUUCGCAGCAGAGCUCUACUCCUACUUGGUCGAGCUUCAGUCUUCCCCUGAGAGCUUACUACGUAAAUUGUUAAUUGAGGUGAUUGAAGACAUUGGAUUGAGAGCCAUGGAACAUUCUCCUCUGUUAAUGUCAGUUUUAUUGGCAUCUUUAAAGGAUGAAGACUCUAUUGUAGCAGGACAAUCAAUUACUAGUGGGCAAAAAUUAUUUUGUGGUGCUUUAAGAGAGAUGACCUUGCAGUUGCAUCGGCGGGGUAAAGUUGAGAGAUGGCUUGAAGAACUGUGGCUGAGGAUAUUGAAGUUUAAAGAUGAGGUGUUGGCAAUUGCCAUAGAGCCUGGUUCUGUUGGGAAGAGGUUGCUGGCUUUGAAAUUUUUGGAAACAUAUGUUCUACUUUUUACGUCCGAUACAAAUGAUCCACAAAAAGCUAUCUCAGAAGGAAAUGGGGAUGUUUUUAACAUUUCAUGGCUUGCUGGUGGGUUUCCGAUAUUGGAUCCAGUUGUGCUAGCGUCGGAAGCUAAUAGGAUGCUUGGUAUUCUCUUGAAUUUGUUGCAGACCAGUUCUGUUGCUGGUACAUACACAGUAACAAUUGUCAGUAGUUUAGCAGCUAUAGCAAGGAAAAGACCAGUUCAUUAUGGUAUCAUUCUAUCGGCACUGUUGGAAUUUGUUCCAAGUUUUGAGAUGGUAAAAGGGCGUCAUGCUGCCAGUAUCCAGUAUUCUAUAAGAUCUGCACUUUUGGGAUUCCUAAGGUGUCUGCAUCCAGCGUUUGUAGAGCUUGGUUUUCAGUCAAGAGAUAGAUUGCUAAAGGCUUUAAGAGCUAUGAAUGCUGGAGAUGCUGCAGAUCAAGUAAUCAGGCAAGUGGACAAAAUGGUGAAAGCUGCGGAUCGAGCUUCACGUGAUGCUUUGCUGGGCAAGGAUGACCAAUCAUCAAAUCAGCAUAAUGCAUCAGUGGAUCUAACGAGAAAAAGACCUAGGCUCCUGGACGAUGAAGAACUUCCCAAUGGCCAUGAGGUUUCCAAGCAAAUUCGCUUUGGUCCAGAUUUUCACCCAAUUUCCACAGUGCGAAAAGAAGGUUCUCGACCGAAUGCCAUCUCUAAUGGGACAUCCCAUGAUGUUCCUACAUUAGAUGUUGAAUCGACUCCUGCAGAGCAGAUGAUUGCAAUGAUUGGUGCCUUACUAGCUGAAGGGGAGCGAGGUGCAGAAUCACUUGAAAUUCUGAUUUCAAAUAUUCAUCCCGACUUGCUGUCUGAUAUUGUCAUAACUAACAUGAAGAACUUGCCCAAAGCCCCCCCUCCAACCACUAGGCAUGGGGACUUACCUGUAACUCAUCAAGUAAGUAGUCACGUACAAGUUCUGGCACCAUCAGCUCCAUUGAGUUCUGUGCAAACUUCAGUUUCUACUGCACAAGCUCCUUUUUCUUUGGCCACCUCCGCUGGUUCAACUUAUGCUGAGUCUGCUGUCAAUAGUCUCCCUGUUGACUCUAAACGCGAUCCAAGAAGGGAUCCCCGCCGCCUUGAUCCUCGCCGUGGAGUAUCAUCUGCUUCUAGUGUGGAAGAGGCAAUUUCAAAUACAUCUUAUGUUGAUGGUUCCAUAUCUUUGGGAAAAUCUGCUUCGGUUCCUGUUUCUACGACAAUCGAGAAUUCUUCGGUAUUUUCUAUAUCUAAAACAAAAGUUGAAGAAAAAAUCAUUGAAACUCCAUUCCCGAUUGGAACAGAUCAACCAACCCCCAAAUCAAAAUCUCCUGAUAGAGCUGAGAAAGUUGACUCUAUAUUAGAGAUUGAUGUCCCUCUGGAUCCCUUGUCUACUGCUGUUGGAAAAGCUGAUGAUGGUUUAGUUGCAGUUAAUUUGGUCGAUGACUCGGCAACAAAGAGGGAUGAUACAUCGUCUUCUAUAGAAUACGAUCAGUAUUCUCCAUCAGUUACGAAUGCAGCUGCAUCUGAAGAUACCUGUGAGGAAUUGCCUCAGCUUCCUCCAUACGUUGACUUAACUCCAGAACAGCAAAAAAGUGUAAGAAAUUUGGCAGCUGAAAAGAUAUUUGAUUCGUGCAAGAAUUUAAAUGGGGCAGACUGCCAUCAGAAAUGCUUGGCAAUAAUUGCUCGAAUGGUUGCUCAGGUUGAUGCUGAUGAUGAUAUUGUUCGAAUGUUGGAAAAACAAGUCGCUACUGAUUACCAACAGCAAAAGGGGCAUGAGCUUGCUUUACAUGUCUUAUAUCACCUGCAUUCACUCAAUAUUCUGGAUUCAGUGGAAAGUUCGUCUUUUGCUGUGUACGAGAAGUUUCUUCUAGUUGUGGCCAAAUCGCUGCUAGAUGCUUUUCCAGCUUCAGACAAAUCUUUUAGCAGACUUCUUGGUGAAGUUCCAGUUUUUCCGGACUCUACGUUGGAACUAUUACAUAACCUUUGCUAUUGUGAUAUUACUGACAACCAGGGGAAGGACAGUCCCGAUAUUGAACGUGUCACGCAAGGUCUUGGCACUGUUUGGAAUUUGAUUGUGAAACGACCACAUAGUCGGCAAGCUUGCUUAGAUAUUGCUCUUAAGUGUGCUAUGCAUUCAGAAGUUAAGGUUCGAGCAACAGCUAUUAGACUGGUGGCGAACAAACUCUACCGGUUAAGUUACAUUUCAGAUAGGAUUGAGCAACAUGCAGCAAACAUGUUCCUGUCUGCAGUAGAUGGCGUAGACCAGACAGAUGUAAAGCCUUUACCAUGUGGAUCGAUUGAGCAAAGCAUUGGAGGAGAGGGUGAGAGUCAGGAAACAUCCAUUUGUGGUUCUCAAGUUUCAGAUCCUGGAACCUCAGAAGACAAUUCGACCAGGAGUUCACAACCUACAGUUCAUGCCAGUUCAACCUUGUCACUUUCAGAAGCUGAAAGACAUAUUUCUCUUCUUUUUGCCCUAUGCGUUAAGAAACCUUGUCUGCUUCAAACUGUAUUUGAUGCUUAUGGACGGGCUCCUAAAGCCGUAAAAGAGCAGGCCGUUCAUGAACAUAUCCCUAAUCUUAUUACGGCCCUAGGCUCAUCUAAUGCUGAAUUGCUCAGAAUAAUAUCAGAUCCACCCCCAGGAAGUGAACAUCUUUUAGCAAUGGUUCUACAGGUACUAACUCAAGAGACAACGCCUUCUUCCGAUCUGAUCGCAACCAUUAAACAUUUAUAUGAAACUAAACUGAAGGACGUGACUAUUCUUAUUCCAAUGUUGCCCUCGCUUUCCAAAAAUGAGGUUUUACCUGUUUUUCCUCGGCUGGUUGAUCUUCCAUUGGAGAAGUUUCAGAGAGCGUUGGCUCACAUAUUACAGGGUUCAGCACAUACACGUCCAGCUUUAACGCCUGUUGAAGUAUUAAUUGCCAUCCACAACAUAAUUCCUGAAAAAGAUGGCCUUGCGUUAAAGAAGAUAACGGAUGCUUGUUCAGCUUGUUUUGAGCAACGUACAGUGUUCACUCAGCAGGUUCUUGCAAAAGCCUUGAGCCAGAUGGUCGAACAAACGCCACUCCCUCUUCUCUUCAUGAGAACUGUGAUUCAGGCAAUUGAUGCUUUUCCUACUCUGGUUGAUUUUUUCAUGGAGAUACUUUCCAAACUUGUAAACAGACAGGUCUGGAGGAUGCCAAAAUUGUGGUUUGGUUUCUUGAAAUGUGCAUUUGAAACACAACCUCAUUCGUUUCGAGUACUAUUGCAGUUACCACCGCCACAGCUCGAAAAUGCUUUGAACAAAUAUGUCAACCUUAAAGGUCCUCUUGCUGCUUAUGCCAGCCAGCCCAGCACAAAAUCUACUCUCUCUAGACCGACGCUCGUACUUCUGGGUAUCGAAAACGAAAGGCGUUUGUAGCAAUCUGCAUCCUGUUCAUCUUGUAAAGUUACGACAAAUAUCAUUGGUUCACAUAUCAACUCCAGAGUGUUAAAGCAACGAGCUUGAACUUGGGAAUUGGCUAAUCAGCUCUUGUUUGGAGUAUGAAGCGAUUUAUCGUCCGUCAUCAUCCCGUGGCAGUUUGAUUGCUUCGGCUAUAACUAACUUAUCGCACCUUGAUCAUGAUUCUGUGCCACGGUGCAUGAACCGGGUGAUUGUGAGCAGAGAUAACUCAGAAGAACAGGGGUUUGUACCUGACUAACAGCCAUCCCCAGAAAAUAAGGGGAAGGGAAAUGCUGAUUCUCCGUAGAUGUACAUAGAGAUCCGAUUAAAGAGUCGAAAGAAAUGUUGAUGUUUUUCAUUUUGGUUAGAUUCGUCCGGUCUAGUAGUAGUCCGGGUGGCUUGUACUAUUCAAACUUGUUGUUUGUAAUUUUAAUUCAGUAUUUUAUGGUUUCUUUCAAUGCUGUUUUUCAAGUCUUUUGCAGAUUUGAAACGAUUGAAAAUGUGCUAAUCAAGCUUGUGAGAAGCUUUAGAACAUUCCUUUGAAUUGACAUAAACAGGAUUGAGUUUUA